AUNUUACACGUUUUCCGUGUUUAUUUAACUGGCGGUUUUAAAAGACCUCGUGAGUUAACGUGGGUUACGGGUGUAAUUAUGGCUGUUUGUACAGUAUCUUUUGGUGUAACAGGUUAUUCUUUACCAUGGGACCAAGUUGGUUACUGGGCAGUUAAAAUUGUAACUGGUGUUCCUGAAGCAAUUCCUGGUGUUGGUAGUUUCCUUGUUGAAUUAUUACGUGGUGGUGUUGGUGUUGGGCAAGCAACUUUAACUCGUUUCUACAGCUUACAUACUUUUGUAUUGCCGCUUUUAACUGCUGUUUUCAUGCUUGCUCAUUUCUUAAUGAUCAGAAAACAAGGUAUUUCUGGCCCUCUAUAA